AUGGGAAACACAAUAUCCUCAUUGCGGUCAAAAUUCGGCUACGGUCAGAAUGACCUCGUAUCAAGGCUGAACUCCAAUCUUCCCAUACCCCCAGCUCACUUGCGCCUCGCACUACCACACUCAAUUCUGUCACACCCGAAUGAGGACCAGUUUCUGAAAACCUUAGUCGGAGUGAAGGACGCUCCACUCGCAGACUUCGACCCCGGCGUCCUCUCCGAGGAACUCCUGAACUUGGGGAUUUCCGGCAGAGUCGAUGCCGAGAAGGCUCAUACCCGAGAUGGGUUCGAGUAUGAGGGAGGGAAUAUCGAAGAAGGCACCUACGCGGGAACACAAGCAGCGUUGACACAAGUCUACUCCCGAAUCGAGCAGAGUUAUGCAUCGUACUUUGAUGUUCUAGCAAUAGAACCCACGCUACCACGCUAUAUCGAUCUGAAAGAGAAACGUGACAUUUAUCAGUAUUCUGCCUACCCAAUAGGCGAUGAUGGCAAACCUGCUGCAUACCCACCUCAUCUGCAAGUGAUUCCUAAGGCAGAUGAUGUAUCGAAAUGGAAGAUCUUCAACGCACUUGGACUGGCUCAAUCCAUCGUCAUUGUUCGGAAGGUCAUUCCGGACUCAUUCCUGGGGAAAACAGCAGAGUGGCUACAGAAUACAGCAAUAGAUGUUAUUGCCGGCGACCCUUCAGUGGGACCAACGAUCAAGGACUGCGAAGAAUACAAUAAAUUCCACCGCAAGUCUGGCACAGAUAUUGCUCGAGGGGAAAAUGUCGGUCUCUUACCUGAUUGGUUUUCUGAUAGAAGGUUCGCUGAGCAGUCUUUCACUGGUACCAAUCCUACAACAAUCACCCGAGCAUCAAAAAGUUUUGUCGAGGAGUUCAUCAAGGCUGCGAGGUCUGGGGGCUACAUCAAAUGGGCCGAAAUACUACCUAAAAUCGACCCAGCAUCGUUGUUUGUGCAGGAUUGCAGCUACUACCGGGAAGCCAUGGGGGUGGCUUCAGACGAGACCGUCCACCACAAAGAGCCUCUGAGUGAGGACAACUGGGCCUGUGCCCCUGUCACCUUGUUCCAGCUACAUGACAACGGAAAGCUUCAUCCAGUUGCGAUCUGCAUCGACUACAAGAAGACCAUGGAAAAGUCUGUCACAAUCUUCAACAAGCGUGUUUCUCCUUCGGACUCAAGCAAGACGGAAGCCACGGAUUGGCCUUGGCGAUAUGCCAAAACCUGCGCCCAAGUGGCAGAUUGGGUCCGCCACGAACUCACGGUCCAUUUGACGAAUUCGCAUUUCAUCGAGGAGACCGUCAUUGUGGCGACGAACAGAACGAUCCCGAUGGAACACAUCAUCUACAAGACUCUGCACCCACAUUGGUACAAGACAUUGUCCCUAAACGCUGCGGCAAGGGACGCACUUGUGCCCCACACGAUCCGUGACAUUGUGGGCUUCAGCCCCGAGCAAGCCUCCUCCUUCAUCAGACAUGGAUACGAGAAUUACGACUUUGUCGGGAACUACGUGCCGAACCAGCUAACCUCGAGAGGCUUUCCAGACACAGAAGCUGCUCUCAGGGACCCGAAGUAUAAGAACUACCCAUACGCCAAGAACAUGACGCUGAUGUGGACCGCCAUCCGACAGUACGUCUCCUCGAUCCUACAGACGUACUACGACAAGGCGCGCGCCGACGAGAUGGUCGCAGAAGAUCCAUACAUCGCAGACUGGUGCAAGGAGAUUCAGACCGCCGGAUGGCUGAAGACCUUCCCGACCAUCGAAACAUUUGAUCAGCUCGUGGAUGCUGUCACCAUGUGCAUACACGUCGCCGCACCGUUCCACUCCACGGUCAACUACCUGCAGAACUUCUACCAGGCCUUCGUCCCCAACAAGCCCCCCUGUCUGUGCACUGCGCUCCCGACGUCCUUGGACGACCUGCGGAGCUUCACAGAGGACCACAUGAUCAGGGCACUCCCCAUCAGGCGGCAGAGGGAGUGGCUGCUCGCGACCCAGCUGCCCUGGCUGUUGAGCUUCCGCGUCGCCAGCGACCGGAGCCUGCUGAACUUUGCGCUCAGUCAGUGGAACGUGUACAAGAAGAAGAGAGGGGACAAGGAGGUUCAGGUGAGGGACAUCUCGGAAAUGUUUUAUCUGGAGCUGUGCAGGCUGGCCAAAGUCUUCUACUACAACAGUAGGGAGAUGGACGACGGCGCCAUUCCGUACAUGGUCAUGGACCCUGCAAAUACGGCUGUGAGCGUCUUGAUUUGA